GGAGGAGCGACUCUUAUGCGAAUGUUUGCUGUCAGUCAUGGAACUUCCAGUAGGCUUUAUUCCCGGAGCUCACCUGUGCAAGAAAUGGAUGACCAGGGGUGUCCGAGGUGCAAAACAACUAAAUACAGGAAUCCGUCGCUGAAGUUGAUGGUGAACGUCUGCGGACACACGCUAUGCGAGAACUGCGUGGAGAUGCUGUUCGCGCGCGGCUCGGGCAACUGCUUGCAAUGCGACACGCCCCUGAGGAAGAGCAACUUUCGCGUGCAGCUCUUCGAGGACGCAGCCAUCGACAAGGAGGUGGAGAUCCGCAAGAAGGUGAUGAAAAUAUACAACAAGAGAGAAUUUGACUUUCCAAGCCUGAGAGAAUACAACGAUUACCUGGAGCAAGUGGAGGAUAUAGUGUACAACCUGACCAACAACACUGAUGUGGAGAACACCAAGCUGAGGAUGGAGCAUUACCAGAAAGAAAACAGAGACAUCAUCCAGAGAAAUAAGGCCAAGCUCACGCGCGAGCAGGAGGAGCUGGAGGAGCUCCUGCUUCUGGAACAGCAGAGCAGCGAGCAGAGGAGGCUGGAGGUGCUGCAGGAGGAGCAGAGGCAGCUGCAGGCCAAGAGAAAGAGCAAACAGGCUCUGCUGGAUGAACUGGAGAAGUCUCAGGUUCCCGCCAAACUCUUACUUGCCCAACACAAGGUUCGUGCUGCCCAGCUGGAGACUGAGAUCGAGCAGCAAAAACAGAACGUCAAACCUACCAGUAUAUUUUCAACCGGCAUCCAAAUACGUCAGAACGUGUGUCUCCAGCCUUUGCCCAGGAUAGAGGAAGUCCUGUACCAGUACAAACCCAUUCGAGUUGAAACCUACGGCCCCCCGGUGCCUGAACUGGAGCAGCUGGGCAGAUUUGGGUAUCUGAACCACGUACGGACCACCACGCUUCAGGAAGCAGCUGGAGGAUACACCUCAGCGUUGGCGUGUCAUCGAGCCAUCCAGGACGCUUUCAGCGGACUGUUUCCUUCCAAAGGCUGAAUCGAGUCACAGCCGCUCCUCACAGACUUUAGAAGCAGCUCUCCUGCUGUUUUAUCAACAUGUUUAUGCGAAGUUUAUAUUUUUCGUUAAAUAAAAAACUCUUUCUGAUUUGA